AUGCGACCCCAAGCCUUAUCAGAGCCCCAUUAUCCUAGCUUGUUCCCAACCACCCCAUACUAUGGAGGGUCUGAAAUCGCCAUUCACGCAAGCGACCCUAUCCCAGUUGGGGUUGUCGCGUUCACGCUCAUCAUCAGUCUAUUCGCCUACACAAAAUUGACAGCACAUAAACAUGCUCGCCGCUACCCUCCAGGUCCUCCCCGCCUUCCGAUUAUCGGGGAUAUGCACAACUUCCCUGCAGAUGAUUGGGGCAACGUCUUUAGCGAAUGGCAGAAGCAGACUCUGGGGCUCACAAUCAUAGAGCUUGCAUAUGGUCGAAAAAUCGUCAGGGAGCACGGCGUAGAGAUGAUCGCCAUCAACGUCGAAGGUGUCAUGAUGAUCAAUGAAGCAAUGCAGACUGUUUGGGCAGUUGAUCAUAUCCCAUUACUUGGUUCCCAGGAGCCCAAUUCAAGUAAUCAUUCUUUGAAAAAGUACAGACUCAAUCUCAUCAGUAUAAUAGACGACAUGGGGCAUUGUCUUAUCGACGACCUGCUCAACGAGUUUGGAGCUUCAUUCGAAGUACAGGAUGCUGUGGCAAAUCUAUACCUUGCCGGUGUCGAUACAUGCUUACACAGUUUCUUCACACCAUGUUCCUCUUUCCGGAGGUCGCGGAAAAAAUUACAAGCAGAAGUUGACUCUGUCAUUGGCCGUGAGCGCCUUCCAACCGUCAAAUACAGGAGGGAGUUACCAUAUACAAAUGCGGUUUGGAAGGAGGCGUUACGCUUUACGCCUGCGGUACCGCUUGCCCUUCCUCGCUGUAGCUCCGAGGACCAAAUAGUCUAUGGAUACUUUAUUCCAAAGGGGUCGUUAUCAACCCACAUUUUGGUAUGCUGUCUCUGUGGUCAGAAGUAUUGCUUUCUUAUGCCAUACUUUGAAGGGUCGAUGCUGAACGACCCAAAGAUAUGGGGAGAUCCCAAGGUAUUCAGGCCAGAGCGAUUCCUUUCACCCGACGCGGGCGCUCUCCCAGAUCCAACAGUCUUAGUGUUCGGAUUUAGAACACGGCAAGUACUCAAUUAG